AUCCCAUGGCCAGCCAAACUCCCACAAACCCAAAACCCCUUUUACCCUCCUUUCUGAGCUUUUUGCUUUGCUUUAUUCUCCCCUUACUUUCUCUCUCUAAACUUCUCAAUUUCCCACUGACAAAUUACAAAAACCCAUUCAGCUCCACUAUAAAUCAACCGAUACCCAUUUCACACAACCCCAACAAUUCUCUUCUUCUCCCCUCAAAAUCCUUCCUUGCCCACUUUUCUCUCUCUAGUUUCUAUCUCUUUUAACACAUUGAAGAUGAAGGAGUUCUGGACUACCAUGGCUUCAGUCAUGGGCGUCUGGGCCUUCUGCCAAAGCCUCCUCCACACAGUCUUCCCUCCGGAGUUCCGCUUCGCAUUCGUCAAGCUCUUCGGCCGCUUCUUCAGCUGGUUCUCCUCCUACUGCUACUUCGACAUCACCGAGAUCGACGGCGUCAACACCAACGAGCUCUACAACGCCGUCCAGCUCUACCUUAGCAGCUCCGCCUCCAUCGCCGGCAGCCGCCUCAGCCUCACCCGCGGCCUCAACUCCAGCGCCGUCACCUUCGGCCUCUCCAACAACGACCGCCUCAUCGACGUCUACAACGGCGUCUCCGUCCUCUGGGAACACAUCGUCACGCAACGCCAAUCCCAGACCUUCUCGUGGCGUCCAUUGCCGGAAGAGAAGAGAGGGUUCACACUACGCAUCAACAAGAAACACAAAACACUCAUUCUCGAAUCCUAUCUCGAUUACAUCAUGGACAGAGCCAACGAAAUCAGAAGAAAAAAUCAAGAUAGAUUUCUAUACACAAAUUCGCGAGGUGGGUCUCUGGAUUCCAGAGGUCAUCCAUGGGAGUCUGUUCCGUUCAAGCAUCCGAGCACGUUCGAUACUCUGGCGAUGGAUCCUCUCAAGAAGUCGGAAAUCAUGGAGGAUCUUCUCGACUUCGCAAAUGGGCAAUCGUUUUAUCAGAAGACUGGGAGGGCUUGGAAGAGAGGCUAUCUUCUGUACGGACCUCCGGGGACCGGAAAGUCCAGUAUGAUCGCGGCCAUGGCGAAUUACUUGGGAUAUGAUAUAUAUGAUUUGGAAUUGACAGAAGUGCACACCAAUUCUGAACUGAGGAAGCUGUUGAUGAAGACGAGCUCGAAGUCGAUCAUUGUGAUUGAGGACAUUGAUUGCUCAAUCAAUUUGACUAACCGGAAGAAGAAUAGCAACUCCCAGGGAAGAUCAUCGUAUGAUUCUGCGGCGUUGCCGGGCGGUGGAAGUGGCGGCGACGAGGAGGGUGGGAAUACGAUUACGCUAUCUGGGUUGCUGAAUUUCACAGAUGGAUUGUGGUCGUGUUGUGGGAGUGAGAGGAUAUUCGUGUUUACGACGAACCACAUUGAGAAGCUUGAUCCGGCAUUGCUGAGAAGUGGUCGGAUGGACAUGCACAUAUAUAUGAGUUACUGUUCGUUCCCGGCAUUGAAGAUUCUGCUGAAGAAUUACUUGGGCUAUGAUGUUGGUGAUUUGGAUGAGCAAAUGUUGAACAAAUUUGAGGAGGUGAUUGAUGAGGCGGAGAUGACUCCGGCGGAUAUCAGUGAGGUUUUGAUCAAGAACCGGCGAGAUAGGGAGAAGGCAGUGAGGGAAUUGUUGGAGGCAUUGAAGGGGAAAGCGGAGAGGAAUAGAGUGAAUGGGGGUUCGAGGGAAAGGAAAUUGACAGAGGUGGAAGAGGAAGAAGAGCAAGAGAAGAGGGCUUUGGAGAGUCCAAAAGAGGGGCGUGGUGAUCAGAUGGUGGAGGAUGAAAGUUGCAAGAAAGGAGAAAAAGAGGAAGAUGAUGAUGAGAAGAAGCUUAACUGACUGAUCGAUGGUACAGAAAUGGGAAAUGGGAAAUGGGUUAUUUUUCUUGCAUGUUUUUGGGAGGGAGAGGGAGAGGGAGAGGAAGAGGGAGAGAGAGGACAGAAUGAGAAUUUGUGUAGUAGGGAGGAAAUGGACACUGCGAAUUGGGAAAAGGAAAACUGUAAGGCUCAACCAUGCUCUUCAUUUUUAUCAUGUUUAAUUAUUUAGGUGUCUUGUUUUAGCUCAAAUAAUGAAAAUCAAACAUGAUAUGACCCAUA